UCUCGUAAUAUUAUAAGCGUGUAGAAAAAAAUUUCCUCGUAAAAAAUGAAGUUUGAACAUAUUUAUUCUCCUAAAUCCAGUAAGGUGGAAGUUUCUUACUUACUUCUCAUUGUCGCUGAACAUCUAAUCACUUACCGUGGAAAUUUAGAAGAGAAGAAGAAGCACAAAAUUUUCAAACUUGAUCACAUCAUAAAACAUAAGCGAUCACCAAACACUUCGAUGACCAAGACUUUGAGAGUUGAGAAUCCCCUCAAAGCUUCUUAUAUACCCCUUCUUCAUUCACUCCUCAACUUUCACAUAAUCCCGUUAGUAACAUUUUCUCACUAACCAAACAUGAAUAAACAAUUUCAACUUCUAAAUCUCAUCUUCACUUUCAUAAUUUCAUUCUCUCUUACUUUCAUCGUUGUUUCAGCUCGUCUAUUUCCCGAUGUUCCCUCUUGGAUACCGUCUGGCACACCUCCUGCUGGCGCGUGGGACGCGUUUCGCAACUUCACCGGUUGCCAUCAUGGUGUAAAGUACGACGGCCUUUCCAAUUUAAAAAACUACUUUCAGCACUUCGGUUACAUUUCCCACGCGCCACAAUUGAACUUCUCCGACAAUUUCGAUGAUGCGCUUGAAAACGCAAUCAAAACUUACCAGAAGAAUUUCAAUCUUAAUAUAACUGGUGAACUCGAUGAUAACACUCUUCGGCAGAUUGUUUUGCCGCGAUGCGGUGUUGCGGAUAUUAUUAACGGCACGACCGCCAUGAACGCCGGCAAGGAGAAAGAAACGACGUCGUACGGUCAUAGCAAGCCAAAAUUCCAUACGCUCUCGCACUUCACAGUGUUUCCCGGCCAACCGCGGUGGCCGGAAGGAAAGCAGGAGCUGACUUAUGCGUUCUUCCCUGGCAACGACCUCAGCAAAACCGUGAAAAGUGUCUUCGCAACCGCGUUUGCGCGGUGGUCGGAGGUCACGACGCUGACGUUCACGGAAACAGAGUCGUAUUCCAGCGCCGAUAUGAAGAUCGGAUUCUUCGAAGGCGACCAUGGCGACGGUGAGCCGUUCGAUGGAAGUUUAGGAACGCUGGCACACGCUUUCUCUCCGACGAACGGGAGGUUUCAUCUUGAUGCCGCCGAGGACUGGGUAGUGUCCGGCGAUAUAUCUAAAUCUUCGCUUCCAACGGCGGUUGAUUUGGAAUCAGUGGCGGUGCACGAGAUUGGGCACUUGUUAGGAUUAGGUCACUCGUCGGUGGAGGAUGCAAUUAUGUUUCCGACAAUAUCGUCACGGAUGAAGAAAGUGGUGCUGGCGGAGGAUGAUGUGAGGGGAAUUCAAUACCUCUAUGGUACUAAUCCGAGCUACAAUGGCUCCACCACCACGUCGUCGCCGGAGACGAACUCCGGGAAUUGUGGUCGGAGCCUUACUACUGUGUGGUCUCUGUGGAGUCUUUUCACUUUUUUGACCUUUGCAUUUUCGCCUUUUGUAUUAUAGGAUUUAUUUCUUUUUGCCAUUUAUUAUUUUUUUAAAGAAUUUUUUUGGUGAUAAUUUUUUAAAACAAUUUAAGCCAACGAUCUAUUUAUUUAUUUGUUUAUCUAUUUAUUUUACAACGCGUAAUUAAUUGAUGGAAUAACGAAAAAAACAAAAA